AUGGCAGAAUAUGAGGCUUGUAUUCUUGGACUCAGAAUGGCAGUUGAUAUGAACAUACAAGAAUUAUUGGUUAUAGGUGAUUCUGACUUAUUGGCUCAUCAAGUACAAGGCGAGUGGACCACCAAGAACGUGAAGAUACUUCCGUACCUGCAUUGUGUGAAAGAUUUGUGUAAGAGAUUUAUCAAGGUGGAAUUCAAACAUGUCCCGAGGGCUCAAAAUGAGUUCGCUGAUGCUUUGAUGAAGAACCCGAUGGAGAACCGGUAUUAUGACAUUAAGAAGUAUUUCAAGAUUCAUGGUGAUUUGAUUCGUGUCCCACCAAAUGAGUUAAAUGUGACGAGUUCUCCCUGGCCAUUCACAGCUUGGGGCAUGGAUGUUAUUGGUCCUAUCGAGCCAGCCGCGUCAAAUGGACAUAGGUUCAUUUUGGUAGCCAUCGACUACUUCACAAAAUGGGUAGAAGCAUCUUCGUACAAGUCAGUGACGAAGAAGGUAGUGGUAGACUUUGUUCGCAACAACAUCAUUUGUCGAUUCGGAAUCCCUGAGUCAAUUAUAACAGACAAUGGAGCUAAUCUUAAUAGUGGUUUGAUGCGGGAGAUAUGUGAAACCUUUAAGAUUACUCAUCGCAAUUCCACCCCAUACCGACCUCAGAUGAAUGGAGCAGUUGAAGCAGCCAACAAAAACAUCAAGAGAAUAUUGCGAAAGAUGAUUGAUAAUUACCGACAUUGGCACGAAAAACUGCCAUUGGCCCUUCUCGGUUAUCGCACCACUGUUAGGACUUCAACUGGGGCAACGCCUUAUCUUUUGGUCUAUGGAACAGAGGCUGUGCUACCAGCAGAAGUAGAGAUACCAUCCUUGAGAAUUAUCCAAGAAGCUGAGUUAAGUGAUGCCAAGUGGGUACAAAAUCGAUAUGAACAAUUGAUGCUCAUUGACGAAAAGAGGAUGAAUGCAGUUUGUCAUGGACAGCUUUAUCAGAACAAGAUAGCCAAAGCUUUCAACAAGAAGGUAAGGCCAAGACGAUUCAAACCGGGGCAAUUGGUGUUGAAGCGCAUAUUCCCACACCAAAAUGAAGCUAAGGGAAAAUUUGCACCUAACUGGCAAGGGCCUUACAUGGUUCACCGAGUAUUAACUGGAGGAGCACUAAUUUUAGCAGAAAUGGAUGGCGAAGUGUGGCCGAAAGCUAUCAAUGCAGAUGCCGUCAAGAGAUACUACGUCUAG